AUGCGCACUCCGUCGAGACUGUUGCUGCCGCUCGUGGUGGUGGCGACGCAGGUACACGUUGCCGAGGCCGCCAACGGGUCGCUCCCGACGUGGCUGGCCUACGUGACGGGCGGUCUGCUGGUCAUCAUCAUCGUGUACUACUGCUGCCGCCGCGCGCGCUUCGACGAGAACCUGCAGCAGCCGCUACUCGGCGGUCAAUACACAGAAGACGGACAGCCCAUGACACGCCAAGACGUACAGGAAUCCAACGACGAGGUGUCGACGCAAUGGCAGUGCGAGGUGUGCGACUUCCACAACAAGAGCUCGGCCAAGAGCUGCGUGCUGUGCGGUACAGAGCGCGGCUUCAGUCUCGGACUGAAUUCGCCUGUACGACCCGCUGGCACAGGACCCGUAGCUGUGGAGACAGACGUCAAGAGAGAGAAAAGCUUUAACCGUACGCGGUCGUUCGCCAUCCGUCGUCUUAACAUGCUCAACUCCCGUCAACGAGGAGCCAGGAACCGCCAAGACUGGGUCCGUAAAGUUGGUCUCGAUGGUAAACGUUAUUGGGCGAAACGCGAGCUGCCUUUCCCAUUAGGCAACGCCAAGCCGAAAGACUCGGAAGACGACAAGAAUGACAAAAUCCGGAUCGACAUCCCGGUCUCGGACGCCGACAUGCUGUCGCCCAAGGGCGCAGGCUCAUUGACUGGCGCUUCGUCAGCGUCCACCGCCUCCACAUCGGACCCGGACAAAGAACUGGUGCAUCAGCAAUCGCUGGCGUUCGUGUCUCAAUUGGCUCAAACGCCUCGACAUCCCGAAGGCCGCAUGACCUUUAAAGAAUACCGUGAAGUGGACGCCCGUGUGGCGUCUCGUGGCUAUGAGAUCUCGGAGCAAGACUUGGAGAUCCUGGAACAAGUGGCUGCGCUGCCAUUCAAGGACAAAUACGCGUGGUUCCUAGAGCAGACGUCGGCUCUGAUCAAACCCUGGGAAGACGGACACCUCAAGAUGCGUGUACACCGAGAAAAUAUCCUGGUCGAGUCGAUGGAACAACUCUUGGGUGUCCAGAUGGAACAUAUCCACAUGCCUCUACGUAUCGAGUUCAUUGGGGAGGUCGCUAUUGACGCAGGAGGCCUGGAGCGCGAGUGGUUCUCGCUAGUGACGGAGCGUCUAUUUGACGAGACGAUUGGCCUGUUUAUGUGUGCUCAUGUGGACUCACUUGCUUACGUAAUCAACCCCAACUCGGUGGAGGCUUCAGCUGAUCAUCUACUGUACUUCCGUGGCGCUGGGCGCUUGUUGGGUCGCGCGCUCCUUGAAGGACAAUUGAUGAAGGCCCACUUGGCGCUACCAGUACUGAAACAUCUGCUGGGCGUCCCGAUCUCGUUCAGUGACUUGGAAUUCUUUGACCAAGAAGUAUACAACUCACUGAAGUGGAUGAAGGAGAACGACGGCGUGGACGCCUUGGGCUUGGACUUUACCGUGACGAAUCGGAAACUGAACGGAGAAGUGGAGACGAUCGACUUGAAGGAAGGAGGCAAGGACAUUGAACUCACGGACGAGAACAAACAAGAGUACAUUUACCUGCGACUGCGCUACAUUAUGCUGGACUCGUAUGCAGAGCAGCUGCAGCAUCUCAUGGCCGGUGUGUUCGAGGUGAUCCCCCAGGAAUUGAUCCUUGUGUUUGACUACCAGGAAUUGGAGCUCGUGCUUUGUGGCGUGCCGUCUAUUGACGUGGACGAUUGGAAGGCCCACACUCAAGUAUCGGACGAGCUGCCGGAGGAGUUGUUGGCCUGGUUCUGGGAGAUUGUCGACGCCUUCUCGGACGAGGAACGCGCUCGUCUGUUGCAGUUCACGACGGGCUCAUCACGUGUGCCUGUGCAGGGCUUCAAGGCGCUGACGAGCUACGACGGACGUAUUUGCCACUUCACACUGAAGGCGGUGACGUACCCGGAGAACGCCUACCCGCGUGCACACACGUGUUUCAACCGUAUCGAUCUGCCGCUGUACAAGUCGAAGAAGGAGCUGGAAGACGUGUUGUCGCUGGUGAUAAAUAUGGAAGUCACGGGCUUCACGGACGAGUAA